AUGCUCCCCUAGAUAUCUUUCCUAUUAUGAAAAAGACGGUGUGUGUGAAGAUAUACAUGGCCAUUGUCUUAUAAGCACAAAUUCCAGAUCCUUCCACAAGCUUCUUAUUUCCUGUGGGUGAACGCUUUUUUCCUCCUCUUAAAUCCACCCACAAAACCCAUCAUCUACCCCAUCCCAAUUCUGAUUCUUUCUGUUUUUUUUUUUUUUUAAAAAUUUUUUGUUUCUGAUUGAUUACCAAAAUCUCUCUCUUUUUCUCUCGUUGCCUUUGUUCUUGACUCCAUGGCAUCUGAAGCCGACGCUUCUGAGCUUUCUACCAUGUUUGAGAGACUGGUGAGGAACAGAGACCUGUCUUUGUUUUUACCCUUUAUUUUCGGGUUCGCAAACAGUCUACCCAGAGCAAACCCACAAGAUCCGGAUGAAGAAAACGAGAACAGAGCAACUUCAAGAGACAGAGUCAUCCUUAUCAACCCUUUUACUCAAGGUAUGGUGGUGAUCGAUGGGUUUUCGAGCUUGGAUUCUGUGCUUCGUGAUUUGGGUGGCAAAGAUGGUCAGCCUCCUGCGUCAAAGGCGUCCAUAGAAGCCAUGCCUGGGGUGGAGACAGAGGAAGAAGGUUUGGAGUGUGUGAUCUGCUUGGAGGAGUUCGAGGUUGGUGGGGUUGCUAAAGAAAUGCCUUGCAAGCAUAAAUUUCAUGGGGAUUGUAUAGAGAAGUGGCUGGGAAUUCAUGGGUCUUGCCCUGUUUGCAGGCAUAACAUGCCUGUCGAUGAGGAAGAGAUGGGUAAGAAGAGGGAAGAAGAAGGCAGAGAGAGGAGGAGAGGGGAGGUUUGGGUUAGCUUUUCAUUCAAUAGUGGUAGGAGAAGUGAGGAUUCAAAUCAGGUUUCUUCAGCUGAUUCUGAUGUAAAUGAUUCAACCUCAAGCCCAGAUGCUGAUCAUGAAGUACAGGGUUAGAGAAAUUCUUUAGAUUUUUUAUUUCGGCUUUUUUUUUUUUUUUGGGGGGGUUUUUUCCGGGGGUUUAAAAGAAUUAUGAACUUGUACAGGGGCCAUGCUUGACAGUGUUUGUUUAUGGCAGUAAUAAAUAAACAUAUAUUUUUGUA